AUGGACCCUAAUUACCAUUCUCAAAAUUUAGAAAACAAUUUUGAUGAUUUUGAUCUCAACUCUGACAACAAUCAGCAUCCCAGCUAUGAUUCUUAUUCGCAGGGUAAUUCUUCCUCUCAAAAUUUCCAACAAUCUUUUUAUGCUAACACUAUUGUUGACCGUGAAGUUAUAGAGGAACGUGUUAUGGAGACACAAGAGCCGAUCAUGACACAUCCAUUGCCCGUCAACCCAAAUCAACCAAUUAAGGUUGCAUCUCAGUCUCGAAGCACCAACAUAAGAAAAACUGAUAUUUGGAGGCAAGCUGCUGCGCACUAUAGCCAAAUUCAAGUAGGUAGACCGUACAAACUUCCUAUAAGAAAUGCAAAAUGUUUAGAGAGUCGUUGGGGAAGGACGUCUCCAGACAUCAUGUUGUGGGCUGCUAGUUUUGAAAAGGCUGGUAGGUUAUUUGCAAGUGGGAAUAAUGAUGCGGACCAAGUUGCUACCGCUGACCAGUUAUUCCGCACAGAAAACAAAAAGAACUUCACAUUGAUGCAUGUUUGGAAGAUGCUUACUAAAGAAAACCCAAAGUGGAGGGUGAUGAUGAGGUGGGGUAUGUCAAAGACAGAGAGAGAAACAUACGAUGCCAGUCUACCAAUUUCUACUGAAGAGAGUGAUGGAAGUGGCAAGAGAACUGGAGUUGAUGAUGAUGAUGGUGUAAAGAAAGCUAAGGCCAGAAGAAAAGGAAAAGGGGCAGAAUCAUCAGAGGCAGUUUCGUCUUUUGGAAGUCGUUUGCAAGCUAACACUGAAGUGAGGAAUAAUGAGCACGAACUUAAUUUAAAGAGAUUCGAGCGAGAAGCAGAAAAGACUAUAAUGAGGAGGCGACAACUUGACAUAGAGGAACAGAGAAUUCAGUUGGAUAAGCAAAAAAUGAAACAUGAUUUCUUGCAAACAUUGGUGUCUAAGGCUUGUCUAACUCCUGAUGAGGAAAAAGUUAAGGCAAGAUUGAUGUUGGAGUUUUAUGGUGGUGAUAAUUAG